AUGUGUUGGUGUUCGUGAAUAUCAGGCUGUAGAUAUAGAUCGGUUUCACUGUCCACGCUGUGAAGUUUAUAAUGGCCCAUCUGUGUUAAAAGCUCGCUUAAAUUGGCAUCGGCACGACUACUCCGAGUCAGAUGCUGGUUCAAAACCAGUUCAAACAGGUACACAGGUUUUCAUAAAGGAACUCAAAAGCAGACAUUUCCCUAGCUCCGAAGACAUUGUACAUCGUCUUAGAGGGCAACAACUAACACUGCCAUAUAUUAUCAACAAUGGAUUUAAUAAGCCAAUUCUGGUGGAAGACAAAAAUGGAUUGGACCUUAUUGUGCCACAUGAUUCAUUUAAUGUUCUUGAUGUUGAAAAUUAUGUUGGGUCGGAGCAUGAGGUUGAUGUCAUUGAUGUACAGAGACAAACAGAUGUCAAAAUGCAGUUGCAUGAAUUUAUUGAGUAUUUUCUAAGUCCUGCCAGAACAACUGUGCUCAAUCUUAUCAGCUUAGAAUUCUCCAACACAAGCUUAAGUCAGCUUGUGGAACCACCAUAUAUUGUCCGCAAGUUAUGCUGGGUGACGAGUUCAUGGCCAACAGAUCCACCUCCUGGGCCUCCACUCUCAAGGCCGAACGUAUCCAAGUACGUCUUAAUAGGAGUAGAGAACUCCUACACAGACUUCCACAUAGAUUUUGGAGGAACAUCUGUAUGGUACCAUGUACUGUGGGGAGAAAAAGUCUUCUACUUGAUCAAACCAACACCAGCCAACCUUGCAUUGUAUCAGAGAUGGAUGAAGGCCAACAACCAGUCAGAAAUGUUCUUUGGCGAUCAGGUUGAUGCGUGCUACAGAUGUGUUGUGAGAGCAGGAGAAACGCUCUUCAUUCCAACAGGGUGGAUUCAUGCUGUCCUAACUCCAACGGACACACUUGUGUUUGGUGGCAACUUCCUCCAUUCCCAGAACAUAGACCUGCAGCUACAGGUCUAUGAAAUUGAGAAGCAAACAGCUGCUCCUGAGAAGUUCCGGUUUCCACAUUACGAGACUGUGAGUUGGUAUGCAGCAACUAGGCUGGUUACGGAGCUGAGAGACAUGGGAGCUGCAGGUACCAGGGUCCCGCCCAUCAUGAUAGCUGGUGCUCGGUCUCUAGCAGCAGCCCUCAGACAGUGGGGUGGAGAGAAUGGGAGGGGAGGACUGGAGCCCGUUCCCCCAGGCAUCCAGCCUCUAAAGCUCUUCAAGGACCUGCAGAGAGAGAUACGAAGUGCCGAAAAGCAAGUCAUUGCCCUGAAUCCACCUAAGCCAGAGCGGGAAUCAAAACGCAAGAAAAAGAAAGUGCUGGCCGAUGACUUUAUAGAUUACACUAACCUGACCAGUUUUAACAAUGUUUUAGAAGAGAGAUUACCAGACAAGAAAGUCAAGGUCAUGAAAGUCAACUCCCCUCAGGUAGAACUCAGUAGUUCAGACUUUACAAACCUAACAGAAGAUCAGAGAAGAACUCUGAAACUCUCCCUCCCAAAGGCUGCAACAUAUCCCUAUGGAUUGAGCUUCACGUCCUCCGACUACGGCAUGAGUGGCACCCCGCCCCAUGACCCUGAGUAUCCACAGUUCAAAAAUGAGUACCCAGCAAAUGUCAAGACUGAGUAUGAUUGGUCUGACAGUCCAGGUAUAACUCCAUACAAAUUGGUUGAGCCGGGUGGUGUGCGGAUGCGUCUGGGGCGCACUGGAAGUACGGACUCUGACGUUCCCUCCACGCCAACAUCUGCUAGUACCCUCAGAGUCAAAAUAGAAAGAAGAGAAACUAUUGAGAAACAGAACAACGAGUCAGUGUAUGACUUCCAUGAAGAUGGAGAUAGUGAUGAGCGAGAACCCUCAGGCCUCAUGAUAGAUGAAACGCCAAGACGCAAAGGUGUUCGCACGCAAUCGCAAGAACCUCUUAAGAUCAAACUCAGUUGUGAGUUAACGGGAACUGAAGUUGUGUGUGGAGAAUCUGUUGAUGUGGCAGAGGAAGUGGAGGUGGCACCAUCACACAACUCAGCCCACAAUGGAAUUGAUGAGCUUCUGAGAGCAUCAGCAUAUGCACCUGAUUUUAACGAGGACUCCCCUGCACGCAUGGAUGACCUAGACAGUGAAAGUGGUCGUGCCUCACCAUCCACCAGAGAAGCAAUCGCAGGAAUGUUGAGCAUGAGUCGUGUGGUUCCUGGAGGCCGCACUCCCUCUAGAAAAUUAGGUUCAGGUAAUGCUCGGCAACCUAAACCUAGAAGGAGAUAUGAUGAUGACGAGAACAUGAGUAAAGUUCAUCAAGAUGAAGACUAUGUUUAUCCAUCAUUAGACUUGUCUGAUGAUGAAGACUUCCCUGUAUUCAAACCUCGAGGGAAGAAGAAGGAGGAUGAGGCAUGGAAUCCCAAAGCACGUGUGCGGGUUUCAGGACCAAGACCAGAGCGUCCCAUGAGACAGGGGGUGCGUCGGCAGGCUGUAGAAAAAGGACUGGAACAAGCGGCGGCCAGAAGACAAAAUUUGCCGGCAGCAAAAAGGGCUUACCAUCGAAAGAAACAGAGGAGCUUAGAAUCUCAGCCAAGUACAUCUUCAGGAAAUGCAGGGCUAAAGGGUAUUGCUAAGAUUUCAAACAAGCCAAGAAAAGGAAUGGCGACUGCAAAACAGAGAUUGGGCAAGAUUCUCAAGAUUCAUAAGAUGCUUCAUUAGGCACGCACCAGUUUGUGUGCAACGACGGCAAGAUAAGUGUUGCUAUAGGGUGGGAGAUCUUGAGAUUCUUCCUUCGUGUAGAAGAGAGAGAAACUCGAAGCUGGGUAUGACAAUAAACACUCUUUUUCUUAUUUUAGAAUAAUUGUUAAAGCAUUGCCAGGAAAGAAUAAAAACAUAUUUUUUAUU